CAACACCUCAUGUUUCACAAUGGCGGACGACCUCCUACUCCAUUGCCCCCUCGAGUGCAAGCCAAGCCGAAGUCUAAGAUUUCUGCAUCUCUAAAACUUUCCUUGAAGAUCCUUUUGCUCCAAAGAGCCAUUGAGGAGUUGGAACAGGAGAAGAUCAAUCGCGAUGAGGACAAGGUGAAAUAUCUGAGCGAUAAGCUUCCACCUCUUCAGCUAACCGGCCUUUCAAUGGAGGAGUUGCAGAAACUAUGUCGGCAACUCCAUGCCAAAAUCGAUGUAGUGGAUGAGGAGAGAUACGACUUUGAGGCCAAAGUGAAUAAAAACAACAGAGAUAUCCAUGAGCUGAAGCUGAAGGUGCAAGAUUUAGGAGGGAAGUUUAAGAAACCUGCCCUGAGGAAGGUGCGCGUGUCUGCGGAUGAGAUGAUGAGAGCGCUGCUGGGCUCCAAACACAAGGGCUCCAUGGACCUCAGAGCCAACCUCAAAUCUGUGAAGAAAGAAGACAUUAAACAAGAGAAGUCAUUUUGUAAUUAUAAUUUUGUAUGUGUCCAGAAACUGUGUCGGCAAUUCAAUUCCAAAAUCGAUGUAGUGGAUGAGGAGAGAUACGACUUUGAGGCCAAAGUGAAUAAAAACAACAGAGAUAUCCAUGAGCUGAAGCUGAAGGUGCAAGAUUUAGGAGGGAAGUUUAAGAAACCUGCCCUGAGGAAGGUGCGUGUGUCUGCGGAUGAGAUGAUGAGAGCGCUGCUGGGCUCCAAACACAAGGGCUCCAUGGACCUCAGAGCCAACCUCAAAUCUGUGAAGAAAGAAGACAUUAAACAAGAGAAGGUUAUAUCGACGGAGGUGGGCGACUGGCGUAAGAACGUUGAGGCCAUGUCUGGUAUGGAGGGCAGGAAGAAGAUGUUUGAUGCUGCUGGAGGAGGACAGUAA